AUGACCCCAUGUUCGAGGGCCAUCAGGUCUCAGCUCGACUUGACCAUCGCAUCGAGCGGCGCAUGGUCAAACUCGGGCGGAACACUCGGCAGCAACCACACCGUCCCCAAUGACGUCGCACAAUGCGCUUCGAGUGACAUGGCGCCCAACAACGGCGUGCAUUGCGGGCGAGUGCACGCCGGUUCGCCGCCGGACGCCCAGAUCCAAAGACCAUCCCACCCGACGCCAUUCGUACCACUCCUGUGCGCCAGUCAAUAUCGCUGUAUGCCUCCCGACUACGCUCGCCACCACGGUUUGCCCAGCAAAGGCGAGGCAUCGGACUUGACACUGCGCAACGCCGGCUCUGACGCUCAUCGCGUACAGGUGCGAUUGCGGACCAACCCCCCAACUCAAGCUGCACACUCGCUACACGAUCCACUCUGA